AUGGAGAAAAUUGAUAGCAACUUGAGGCGUUGUAUUCCACUCGAAAAGAGGGUGGCUAUCGCACUUUUCUCAUUGGGUUCUGCAGCAGAGUAUAGAACCGUUUCUAGUUUAUUUGGAGUUGGCCGAAGUACUGUUGGUGAAAUUGUUCUGGAUUUUUGCCACUCAGUUUGCGAUAAUUUUGCGGAUUGCAUUAAUACAUACCCCCCAAAUCAACAAGAAAUCAAAAGAAUCGUAGACGGUUUCGCAGUCCUAGGGUUUCCGCAAUGCUUUGGAACUGUAGAUGGAUGUCACAUUGAAGUGCAGACAAGAAAGGAGGAUGCCGUAGAUUACCACAAUUACAAAGGAUGGUAUUCCGUGGUUUUAUUGGCAAGCUGUGAUCACAGGUCAAAAUUUACGUAUAUUAACAUUGGAUCUACUGGAAGAAAUAAUGACUCUUACAUAUUUGAAAAAAGUUCAUUAAAACAAUUUCAUGAAAGCGCAGACAUUUUCGUACAAAAUAGCGAGCUUAUUGGCGGAUUCAAUAUACCUGUGCUACUUAUGGGCGAUUCGGCCUUUCGGUUAUCGCGCCACAUGAUGAAACCAUAUCCAUAUGUAGCUAACCAACCAGCUGCUGAAAAACUCUUUAACUAUCGACUGUGUGAUCGAAAAUGCUUUCGGCCAGCUGAAGGCUCGUUUCCGAAAAAUAGUGAGAGGCUUACAAGUAGCACCUAA